AUGAACAAAAGUCUCGAUGAAGCUAAAGAGAUCAUAGAGAAUGUGGCGCAGAACCACCAUCAAUGGACAUUUGAAAGAUCCAGUGGCUCUUUUACGGGGAAUCCAAUUAAAGUGUCAGGGAAAUUCGAUGUAGAUGCAGUUACACUCAUGUCUGCAAAGCUGGACGCUCUGACCAAGAAAUUUGAUGCCAUGGGAGGCAACACGGCUGCACAGAUGAACCAACUUGAGCAGUGUGAUGCAAUAACCAGCUACAAUCAGAGGCAGAAUAAUCUGAUUGAAAAGAUGCUUGAGGAAGCUCUCUCAGAGCAAAAGGAGAUGAGAAACGAGAUCAAACAACUGACUCAAAGGUUGGAAAACUCCAAAAAACACCAGAAGAUGCAAGACAGCCAGAUAGCUCAGAUAGCUCAGGAUGGAGAAGAGGCUACUAAAAAGAUUGAAGAAACUCUUCAAGCUGCCCCACAGAAUCAGACGAUCCCUUUUCCUCAGAAGUUUAUAGCAUCCCAGAAAGACAAAGAGUUCAACCGGUUCCUGAAGAAGAUAAAAGAAAUCUGCAUAGAAGUACCACUGAUAGAUGCGCUGCACCAAAUGUCGAAGUUCGUGAAAUUUUUAAAGGGAAUUUUAUCUAACAGGAGGCAAAAAGGCAAUUUCAAGACCGUGACAUUGACAGAGAAUUGCAGCGCUCUCCUUAUGACGAAUUCUCCACCAAAGCUUCAGGAUCCAGGAAGCUUCUCCAUACCAUGCAAAAUUGGUUCUGAACUCAUACCGAGAGCUUUCUGCAACUUGGGGGCCAACGUCAGCUUACUUCCGUACACUUUAUGCAAGAAAUUGGACCUCUAG